GAGGAAGAAGAAGAAGAAGAAGAAGAGUGCGGCAGCAUGCGGCUCCUGUUGGUGGCGGCCCUGCGCGCCCACACCGGCAACGCCGUCACCGCCCGCCGCAUCCGGGAUCAUCUAGAAGCUGCGGGUCACAAAUGCGUUCUGAAAGAUGCUUUCAGCUUUGAAAGCCCAUCUGAAAUAGCACAGCUAAUCUCCGCCGAGAAGUUCGAAGCAGCCCUGGCUCUUCAUCUUUAUAGAGGAGGCCGACUUCUGCACGGUCACAGAAUUCCUUUCGGAAUCAUCUUUGGCGGUACAGAUAUCAAUGAAGAUAUUUACCAUGGAGAAAAAAAUCAGGUGAUGGGGUCUGUUCUCGAAGAAGCCAGGUUUGCAGUGGCUUUUACAGAUGCAAUGAAGGAAAUGGCACUAACACAGUGGCCAUAUGCCAAGGGCAAGAUUCACGUCCAAAAUCAAGGGAUUUCAACGAAGCCAAAUGCCUCCUUUAACUGGACUACAUUUCUUCAGAGGGCAGAUAUUCACCAAAAUGCAGAUAACUUGCACAUAUUUCUUUUGAUAUGUGGACUCAGGCAAGUGAAAGACCCUCUUUACCUGGUGGACGCGUUUUCAGAAUGGCACAGAGAAGAACCCAAUGUUUACAUGGUCAUAGUUGGGCCUGAAGUCGAUCCAGUGUUUACAAGUGAAGUCAAAGGUAAAGUGAACAGGUCCGCCGGGGUGCAGCUGAUGGGGGAGAUACCUCGAGAAGAUCUUCAUGCCGUCGUGAAAAACUGCUUCGCUGUUGUGAAUAGUUCUGUUUCUGAAGGAAUGUCAGCUGCAAUUCUAGAGGCAAUGGAUUUGGAAGUCCCUGUGUUAGCAAGAAAUAUUCCUGGAAAUGCUGCUGUCAUCAAACACGAAGUUACAGGAUUAUUGUUUUCAGAUCCCCAGGAGUUUGUGCAGCUGGCCAAAAGGCUGGUGAAUGACCCCGCAUUAGAGAAAAAAAUGGUGGCCAAAGGAAGGGAGUACGUGAGGACGCAUCACUCGUGGAAAUCGGAACGGCAGGCCUAUCAAAACCUUGUGCAGAAACUUCAGUGAAUCAUCGAAUAUUAAGGAAAACGUGCGUGGGCUUCAUCGUGUGUCAGUUUCUGUUAACUUUACCCAAAAAAGGGAUGCGGUUCAGUCGGUUUUGUCCAUGUCAGUAAAAUCAAACAGAUUUCUUUUGGUCCUAGCGCUCAGCCAUCAUGUGCUCAUCCAAACCCCAAGCGGCAAUGAGUUCAUCCACGUUUUCAAUCGUGCUGACCUGGAAUAUCCUAGAUUCGGGGCAUCACAAAUUCAGACAGCGGCCCCUAACUAACCAAGGGGAUUGGUUAAUUUUAGGAGGGUGAAAUCAGAAAAUAUGCCAGUUGGUGUUGGUAAAAAAAAAAAUACAUUCUUGGCUAGGGGUCAAGCCGACUACCAACUCAUACAAUAAUAAUAAUAAUGAUGGCAUUUAUUAAGCGCUUACUAUAUGCAAAGCACUGUUCUAAGCGCUG